AUGGCAACGCAGAUUGAGCAGGCUGCACAGCUUGCGAAUGCGGUAGAGCAACUACUCACCCAGAGCCUCGAGAGCAAUGCGCCCGACGCUGAAAUAGCGGUUCUCAUUGAAGAUUUCCGCGUUGCGAGUGAGAGGAUUAUAUUCAGCGACUUCCAGUAUGCCGAAGCGCACAGCAUCGAGGCCCGCCUCUGGGCUGCCCAUACCAAGAUAUCCAACAGAUAUCGCAAGAGACUUGGACAGUUGAAGCGCAACAAUGGCAAGCAGCACCACAUUGUGGAGAACCGAAAGGUCGCCAAGGCGUUCUUGGAAUUUAUCAAAUCUAGUCAGCGUUUCUAUCGCCAGUACAUCCUGAACCUGGACGCGCGGUUUGACGGGAUCCCGGAGCUUCGCAAGGUUGCACAGAUGUACAGCAAGAAUGAACCGAACGUCCGCUCGAAGCAACCUCUCUCCCCAAAACUGAAACAUGAAAUCCUCCUAUCCUGCCACCAGACUCUCAUCCAACUUGGAGACCUCUCCCGAUACCGCGAAACUGCAGCGCUUGGCGAUGGUAAAGAGCGCAAGUGGGGCCCCGCGAAGGGCUAUUACGGGCUCGCGACAGAGAUCUACCCGGAUGCCGGCGUUUCCCACAACCAGCAAGCCGUCAUAGCACGUGAGGAUGGAGAUCAUUUCCGGACCACAUACCACCUCUACCGUGCACUUUCCACCAAACAGGGUUACCCACUGGCGAAGGCAAAUCUCGAGCUCGAAUUCAAGAAGAUCCGGUUGGCCUGGGAGAAAGGAGAGCUCAUUAGCAGUCGUGCGACACGUGAUGGCAAUGGCGCCGGCCAAGCGCUCAUUUCCUGGUUUGUGCGUCUGCACAGCAAAUGCUAUAAGGGAGAGGACUUCCCUGAGCACGAAGAGCUUGAGAACGAGGUGCUCAGCCAAUUAACCAUUGAACUGAAGGAGCAGUCUCUAGAUGGCAUUUUACAGAAAAUAAUCCUCAUCAAUCUAGCGGCAGAGUACUUUGCGUCGCUCCGGGUUCAAGAACCAAAUCGCGAGGAAUCGACCAUUAGGUCAUACUUCUAUUUCUUGCGACUGAACGUCAAAACAUUUUUCACGUUGCUCCAGCUUCUUCAGUCAGAGCUUGAGCGACUCACGGACCGAGACGACGUCACUGCACCAAAUGGAGACCGGCCUCCUCAGCUUUCCGACAAGAUCACGGUGGUUGCACGCCGUGUGCUUCCGAGUCUUUGGCUGUACAGCAUGUGGUUUACCAAAUUCUGGCGUAUACUCAACGCCCAUGUAGCAGACACAUUGACCAAAGUCGAAGUCCAGGAGUUGUGGAAGGCUUAUGCCGAGACUCUAACUCUUCUUAUGUCGGUUUUUCCCCCAGAAGAAGUUGCACUACUUGAGAGGGUCUACCUGCUGGACGAGGACGUGCACACUAUUGCCUUCCAGCCUCUCGCCGGCGACGAGACAAAGGAUAACUGGUACGCCAAGUCCACUGGCCGAUUGAAGCCCAGAUGGUCCGACCCGGAAGUCGAGCGGCAUCACCCAAAUGAGGAAAUGGUCAUUAGAGUUCGCGAUCUACUGGAAGCUGGUCUCGUCUUGGUUGAGGUGGAGGCUACUCCUUUGGAGCUCCAUGGUCGCCGAUUCGUCUACCAAGAAGCGGGUUUACCGUCUGAGCUUCUCGCGAGCCCUAAUAAUAGACCCGACGGUUCUCCCCUCCUCCCUGCGGAGAGCAUGGAUAUGCCGUUAUUUACGCCAGAAAUCCCGUUGCAAGUGGACCAAGUCUCUCACGAUAUUGCUCCUUCGGAAUCAGCUUCUACGAUCAUCACCAAAGACGUAGCUAUGAACCGUAUGGUCGAUGAUCUAGUCGGUCAAGACGAUGGUCUGGAUCCUCUGCAGGAGGAGGACGAAAACAUCCCUCCGACCCCUCCAGAACAAACGUUUGAAGAUACAGCCCUCGUGGAUGAUACCUCAUAUGGUAUUGGCCCGCUCACCGUGAGCGAUUUCGUCAAUGCUGUCCAGCACUACGGCAAACCUCUGUGCUCUCCGCAACCUCCAAUUUUCAGCACACCAAUGAACCGGAUGUCGUCUAGCUCGUCGAUCAUACAGCCUCCUGCAAAAUUGCCCUCGCUACCUGCGCAAAAGUACAAUGAUGGUGGCAUAUGGAAUCCUCAGUACGGCUCUCCGGGACCUGCAUCCCCUACGGCGAGCGGGCUCGCGCCUCGAAACUCUCCCUUCAUGAGUACUGAUCAUUUCGGACACUCACGUGGAAAUUCAGUGAACUCUAUCCGGAGCUCCAAUGCCUUCCAAGACUGGACUGGGCCUACCGUCACUCCAAAUCCCCUUCCACACCCUGCUGCGUAUACCAACGGUCUAGGCAAUAGCUUCGGGAACGGUGCCGUUUUAGGCAACACGAAUCAAGCAAUCUAUGGAAACGGCCAAGCCGUCCAUCAGAGCGUAGCCAACAUCAACCUAAUGAGCUCGAUAUUUUCCGGCAACAGGAGCACCUGGAGCUCAGAUCUCGAGAGGGGAACCAGUUCGUAUGGUCGAACGCCUCCAAAUGGUCAAGGUGGCUGA